AUGCUUUCCUCGUCGCUUUCCCUCAGCGCUGGUUCGCUGUUCCUUGCUCUGCUCGCCUCGCCGGUCGCGGCAGCUUCCGAGAACUAUCAACUGGUUGAGAACUGGCAUGGCGAUAGUUUCUUGGACUACUUCAACUUUCAUACCGGGUCUGAUCCCACCAAUGGUUUCGUCACAUAUCUCGACAAGAGCAGCGCGGAGAGUGCAGGCCUGGUGAAGGUCAAUGACGGUGGCAGUGUUUAUAUCGGUGUUGACCACACGACAACUCUAUCCACAACUGGCAAAGGCCGUGACUCCGUUCGCAUCGGCAGUAAGAACUAUUACGACCACUCUUUGGUGAUUGCUGACAUUGCGCACAUGCCGGGCAGUAUUUGUGGUAGCUGGCCUGCCUUUUGGUCCGUGGGCAAGAACUGGCCUGCAGAUGGUGAGAUUGAUAUUAUCGAGGGUGUCAACCUGCAGGACCACAAUGAAAUUGUUAUGCAUACCGCUGGUACUUGCAGCAUCACGGACACGGGUAUGACCGGUGCUGUUAAUGCCACUGGCUGUGGCGAGGAUCUGGGCACUGUCGGCUGUGUCAUCGAGGGCCAGCAUGGUAGCUACGGCACUUCAUUCAACAAGCAGGGUGGUGGUAUCUAUGCCAUGCAGUGGACUGAGCAGUUUGUCAAAAUCUGGUUCUUCCCCCGUGCGUCCAUCCCGACUUCCAUCACCCAGGGCGCGCCCGAUGUUUCACAAUUUGGCACUCCCAUGGCUCUUGUUGAGGAAGGCUGUGACGUUGCCACCAGCUUCAAGGCCCAAUCAUUCGUGUUUGACGUGACUUUUUGUGGUGACUGGGCUGGUGGUGUUUACGGCAAGUCCGGGUGCCCUAUGUCCGGCUCAGACUCCUCGCAGAGCUGCAUCAACUACGUCGCCAAGAACCCCACUGCAUUCGAGCAGACCUACUGGGAGAUUAACUCUGUCAAGAUUUACCAGACUGGUGUCGCCGCCAAGACUGUUGUCUCUACCUUGCAAUCUACCAGCUCUACUCAAGCUCCUGCUACACAGGCUGGGACCGAGGCUUCUGCUACUCAAGCUGACAACACUGCGCGGGUCUCCGCUGCUUCUACCUCAGCUGAAGCCAGCGCCGCUGCUGUCACCGCCGGCACCGUUGGCGAGCUGGGUGGGGAUGUCUCCUCUGCCACUAGCCAGACCAUGAAGACAUCCACCACGCGAUAUGUGACCGAGUUUGUUACUUCCACGACUACCAUUUGUCCCAUCGCCGAGACUUCUGCGUCUUUUGCGGCAGCUGCUGAGAGUAAGGCCCUUGCUGGUUUGUCCGUUCAGACCUCCAACGUUGGAAACAUUCCAGCAACAGCAGUGUCUACCAGAUCCGAGCCUUCGUCUGCUACAAACUCUGUCAAAGAAGUUCAAACCCAGCCUGUAGCCGAGACCAAUGUCAUUUCAACUCCCGUUGCUACUCCCGUUGCCGCUUCCAACUCGCAGGCAGCCAGCAGCCAGACCCUCAGCCAUUCGAUCGGUGCUGAUGCUGAAUCAAGCGGUGUCCCCGAGAACUCAUCCGCGUCGGGGGUUCUGCCGACCAUCAUCCUGGCCCCUGGGGCCAGUAGCGCACCAGCCAGCUCUCUCCUCAGAUCCAAUGCCUCGAAAACCAAGUCGGCUGCCAUUGUUGUGACUACCGGCGCCUCUGCAGCCUCGGGUAGCUCUUUCCAGGGAAGCACCAGUAGCGCUAUCAGCCCCGUUUUCACAGGGGCUGCCGAGAGGGCCUCUGUCAAAUUCUCGGCAAUCAUCGCAGCAUUUAUGCUCGCCCUGAUGGCUUAA